AUGUCAGCUCGCACAGUGAUCGGUGGUCGCCUGAACACCGCCACUCUCAGCUCCCUCGCCGGCCCUUCCCCCCGAAUUGCAUCCCAGCAACUUGCACGCCUACACUCCACCGUUGUCCGUCCCACCCCGAGUGCCGUGUGCAAGCUCCCCAUCCAACAAGAUGUUCGCCCUACACCCGUGUCGUUGAGUCGCCCGGGUCUGCGGAUGAACUCGACCUCUUCCGCUGGCAAGGACGAUGUCAAGCUUGACUGGAACUCUUUCUUCAAGCUCCGCGCUUCCCGCCGCCGAUACUCCCUCGCCUCCUCCAUUGCGACCUCCCUUGUCUCCACCACAGCCGGUGUGCAGAUUCUGUCAUCGCAGGAUCUGGAGGGUCUUGGUGCUCAGGUGAUGGGUCUGGAUCCCUUUGUGGUUCUGGGAUUGGCGACCGCUGCCUGCGGUGCUGUUGGAUGGCUCCUGGGCCCGAUUGUUGGCAACGGACUCUGGGGUCUUGUUUACCGCCGGUUUACUCCCUCUGUCGCCACAAAAGAGAAGGAGUUCUUCGAUCGCAUUCGACGAUUCCGCGUCGACCCGUCUACCAACUCUAUCGCCAACCCCGUCCCCGACUACUACGGCGAGAAGAUCGGUAGCGUGCAGGGAUACCGCCAGUGGCUGAAAGACCAGCGGGCGUACAACCGCAAGCGCCGAAACUUCAUCGCUUAA